AUGGAGCCCGAGGACACGACAGCGCUCGCCCGCGCCGGCACGCGUGGCCGACAUGAGACAUGUAGCAUAGCCGUGACGUUUCCGUGUGCUCAUAUCGGCGUAUCCAACCUGCCCUUGACGCGCAUUUUCUUCUUCUUUCGAUAUCGAAGCCUCGACAGCAUUGAUUCGACGCUACCAAGGCAAACGAGACGAACGAUAAUGGCGGCACGAAGACGCGCCGUAAGCUACAUUGGAGGAAAAAGAAAUGCUCUGCUUGAAAAGAUGAAGCAAUGGUAUUAG